AUGUCUGCCACACAUAAGAUGCGUUACAACCUCCAACUCGUGCUGCCCAGCAACACACGCGCCAGAUGGGCCUGGCUACUGCUCUUACUCUCAAAUCCAGCUGCUGUUCUAGCAAAAUGUGCCUCAGAUUAUUUCGUUCACUCCCUUCCGGGUCAGCCUGAGGGCUCCGUACUUAAAAUGCACGCUGGGCACAUCGAAAUCGACUCUGAACAUAAGGGGAACCUAUUUUUUUGGCACUAUCAAAAUCGUCAUAUAGCGAACCGCCAGAGGACGGUAAUAUGGCUAAAUGGGGGGCCUGGAUGCAGCUCUAUGGAUGGCGCUUUGAUGGAAGUCGGCCCGUAUAGGCUCAAGGAUGACCAUAGCCUGGUUUAUAACGAGGGAUCAUGGGAUGAGUUUGCCAAUCUUUUAUUCGUCGACCAGCCGGUUGGUACGGGAUUCAGCUACGUCAGUACAGACAGCUAUGUCCAUGAACUAGGCCCAAUGGCUGACCAAUUCAUCAUAUUUCUGGACCGCUGGUUUAAAUUGUUUCCCGAAUAUGAGAAUGACGACAUUUACCUUGCGGGUGAAUCUUAUGCCGGUCAAUACAUUCCAUACAUUGCCAAGGCGAUCGUCAAACGCAAUGAAAAGCUUCCAGCCAACCAGACCGCUUGGAAUGUGGAAGGGCUCAUCAUUGGAAACGGUUGGAUUGCGCCAAAUGAACAGUAUCGCUCUUAUUUAACAUAUGCAUAUAAGGAAGGCAUCCUGAAAGAGUCAUCCGAAGGAGCCCAAGCUGCAGAAGCUCAACUAUCGCAAUGCUCGUCAAAGCUCAGCGAAGUAGGUAAAUUCGGGAUCCAUAUAGAUGAGUGCGAACGUGUAAUGGAAUUAAUUCUGGACACGACAAAAAUAAAUGGGAAGUGCCUCAACAUGUAUGACAUCAGGCUUGACGACACAUCUGACUCCUGCGGCAUGAAUUGGCCACCGGACAUAUCCAGUGUCACCACUUACCUCCGCCGACCAGACGUUGUAAAAGCCUUGAAUAUCAACGAAGACAAAACAACUGGCUGGCGUGAGUGUUCACCCGGCGUGGGAAGAAAUCUCCGAGCCACCGAAUCCGUGCCCUCUAUUCAACUACUCCCAGGGUUACUCGAGGGCGGAAUACCGGUUCUCCUAUUUAGUGGUGACAAAGACUUGAUAUGUAACCACGUAGGAACGGAAGACCUUAUCCAAAACAUGAAAUGGUCGAGAGGUACAGGCUUCGAGCUUUCGCCCGGUGUUCGUGCACCGCGUCACGAUUGGGUGUUUGAAGGACUCCCAGCCGGAGUAUACCAGCAAGCUAGAAACUUAACUUAUGUCAAGUUCUACAAUGCAAGCCAUAUGGUUCCGUUCGAUUUCCCUCGGCGCUCUCGCGAUAUGCUGGACCGUUUUCUAGGCGUUGAUAUCACCACCAUUGGGGGUGAUCCAGCAGAUUCUAGAAUUGAUGGAUUGAAAGGCACCAUAACUUCUGUGGGCGCUCACCCAAAUAGUACAACCGCUGAGGAGCGCGAAAAGGAAAAGAUGAAAAUUGCUGCUUGGCAAGCCUACUAUAAGUCUGGCGAAAUCGCUUUGAUUGUAGUUGCUAUUGCUGCUACUAUAUGGGGAUUUUUUGUCUGGCGGUCCAAGCGACGAGAGCAAGGGGGGGAAUAUCAGGGUAUCUACCCUAACCUCGAAAGCCUGAGUUCCAGCAGUCUAUCAACUUUUAGAAGUAAGCGCCGAGGCAGACAUGAUAUUGAAUCCACAUCAAGGUCGGAUGAAGCUGAGCUAGAAUCUUUAUAUAAUGGCCCAGAGAUAUCAGAGGUAUUGGAGACACAAGAUGGUCGGCAGCGUGAGUUAUCCGCAGAUGGUUCAAACGAAAAAGCAUCAGCUAGUCUAAUGGUUGAGAGGAAUUUAAGAUGA